GGUUCCCAACAAACGUGGAACAUUUCCACACGUUUUUGCUACCGUUACGAUAAUACAGGCAAAUGAACGAUUUCCAUAUUUCUUUGCUGGACAAAAUUAGCGUUAUGAAUUAGUAGUACAGUAAGUUGUAUUUAAGAAAUGCAUAACAAGAUAAUACCUUUCAGUGUUUAAAUAAGUGGGUAGUAAUAGUUAGUUGGACUGCAAAACCCCAAAGUCCACUUCAACGGUCGCCCAAUGUCUCAGUUGGAGUGGGCUGAGUCCCAACUCGCAGAGAUAGAGUUGCUGUCGAGCAUGUAUCCGACAGAGAGCGAGUUUGAGAUCACAGAUCAGGUGGCUCUAGCGGAGCUGCGGGAGUCCGUGGAGGGUCCAUUCAGCGACGCUCCUCCUCAUCACUCCAGACCCCAGUUCCUCUUGAGACAGCGAGUAGACACCUCCUGCCACGGUGGGGUUGACCUCACGUUGUCUUGCACUUUUCCAUUCGAUUAUCCUAAAGUAUUGCCAGAAAUUAAUGUGCGGUGUACAGAUCUGAACCGGGCCCAACAAACGCGUCUCCAAGCGGACCUUACAGUCUACCUGCGGGAGAACUGCAGAGGGGAGGUGUGUGUCCUGACGGCCGUGGAGUGGCUGAAGGACAACGCCCAGCACUACGUCGACCCCACCUCCCCGGACUCUUCUGCGGCGGCGGUGACCGGGGGGGCGGAGGUGUUCAGCCGACUGUGGAUCUACAGCCACCACAUCUACAACAAGAACAAGAGGAAAAACAUCCUGGAGUGGUCCAAGGAGUUGGGUCUCUCCGGGUUCAGCAUGCCCGGGAAACCGGGCGUUGUCUGCGUGGAGGGACCGCACGGCGCCUGCGAGGAGUUCUGGUCAAGGCUCAAGGUUCUGACCUGGAAGAAGAUCAUGAUCCGCCACCGCGAAGACGUGACCUUGGAGGAGGGGCGGGGCCAGGCGGAUGACGAGGGGGGCGUGGCCUCUCUGCGUAAGUUUAGCGGGUUCGAGGAGGCAUCCUUCGAUCCCCACGGCAACCGCGGGAACCACAUGGACCUUGGCUUGCUCUACCAGUUUCUUAGCGAGAGGGGCUGCUGCGAGGUCUUCCAGAUGUACUUUGGGGUCGAGGGUCGGUGAGACCGAAGAGGAGGACUGGUUUUUUCGUGAGUGAUGCUUGAGGAAAUUCUUAGGUGUGUGAUAAAAAAUGCUGCUAAAUGACAUUUUGUUUUAUGUGGGGUUUAGAACAUUUGUGUUCGUUUUAAAUAAUUCUGAUAUUGUCUGGCCCUGAUUCAUUGAAGGAAUCCUGCGUUUAACUUUGAUUAUUAAUUAGAUCCCCAUGGGAUCCCAAUAGUAAAUGUAAUAGUUCAUAUAAUUAUAGAAUUAGUGCUGAGGGUAAUAGCUCUUGGACAACCUCUUAUUGUUAACGGAUUGAGUCAUUAACAAUAAGACUUAUGACACAAGACAUUUUUCUUCAGAGACUGAACAUCGAAAUACUUUUGGUCUCAAGCGUUUCUAUCAAUAUGUAAAGUAUAUUGUGAAAUAAAAAUAUUUAUAUAUGUGUA